GCCUAGCCAGCCACCCGCGAAAAUGACAACAAGUCGCGCUCUGUUCGGUUUUUAACCUCGCGCUCGCAGCCGCUAAAAACAACAGACUGACAAUAAUACGGUUUACUCUGUGUGUUACAAUAUAGUGACAAAGUGUUUCUUCGUUAUCGUCGUCGUUGAGUUUCAUCGAGUUUAUAUCGUGCAAAAAAACAAUCCACCAUGGAGGAGAGCCCGGGCCAGUGGACGAACCCGGACCAGGUGAUGAAGAUGUUCAAGUUGAAGCGGCGCAAAGCCGCGCUCACGGCUCGCUUCAACAGUUCUCAGGACGGCUCGGCCAAUCGCAGCAUCAACAACGGAUCGUCGCCGGGCAUGUCGGCCGCUGCAACCAGCUCGCCGAUACUCAACCAGAGCUUCCCGACCGCGAGGAAGCGCAAAAAUCCAUGGCUCAAGCAGGACCCGAACAAGCGACCGAAGGAGGACACACUUCAGCCGCCCCCGCCGAGCCUGCUGGACAGCGCCUGCGGGGACAGCACCUUCGACCUGCUGAACCUCGACAGCUCGGCGAGACCGGCCAGUACCAAUACCAAUGAGAACUGCAAUAAGGUCUAUGACAUUAUCAAAAGCUCGGAGGCCGUGCAGGCUGCAGCCGUGCAAGAGGAGGUCAAGGGUUCGCCCACGUUUCCCGUCAACUGGUCGCUGAAGACCAGGAUGAGGCUAAUGUCGCCCACGCCUUUCGGUUGGAAGGGCAAGCCGAAAGCCAGCGAAGAGGCCUCUGGUACCACUGGCUUUGUGAGGUGUCUAAACAUUGGAGAGCAAGAAACCACUAUCGAUACUAGUCCCAAUGCCAGAUUUCACCAGUGCUGUUUAGUUUGGCAACAUCCCUAUAUUUCUGGGAGGAUGCUGUAUCCAAGAAGCAAAAAUUUAGUGAGUGUUUCUGGUUCAGCACCGACUCAGGACGUGAGGGAAGCUCUGUACAAGGACUGGCGCGACAGUUUCAGAUCAUUGUUUCAUUUGCUGCGAGUCAGGCAGUGUCCUUUUUUUUAUGUGUGUGGCUCGAGUUUCACAGCAUUGUUCAGAGCCGCUGGGAUCUGCGGUAUUUCUGAAGUUCAAGCUCUUAUGACACCUACCACUAGAGGCUUAAGAGAGUCAAUGGAAAGUCAAGAAAUUGAAUUUACUAUGCCGCUAAAAACCAAAACUAAAAAAACUCCUCUCAGUAUCCUUGUGGAUGACGAUGAUGAUGAUGAUGAUAAUCUUGAACAACUGGACAUUGAAGGAAAUGACGAAUGGAUGAAAAGUAUUGGAUUUGAUGAAGCAGAGAGAAGAAAAAUUAAUUUUUCACAAAGCAAAGUUGCAAAUAGAAGUGAAGCAGACAUAGAUAGUAAGCACGAGUCAUUAAUUUUUGCUACUGGAGUCGAAGCAACAGGUUUAUUUAAUUUUCUAAUAAAUUGUAAAACAAUCAUCACUUGUUCUGGACCUUUUGCUGGAAUACCUCCAACGUUGUUAUCGCCAGUAGCUUUUAACAGUGCCACAUUAAGACCUCUUACAGUCAGAGAGAGUACUGUCACUAAUGGCUUGGACAAAUAUCAUUCUCUAGAAUUGUCUGGACCAAUUUUACCUUUUGUGCUACCAUCAUUGUGUUCACUCAUGGCAACAGAUCAAAUGGAGAAAUUUUCAAUUACUUAUAAACAGGAAUUGAAUACAGUUGCUUUUAGUUUAGCAAAACAUGGUUUAAAACCAGAUAAACAAGUGCAAGAAGAAACAGAUGAAAAAUUACCUUCAAUGGUCUUUGGGUUAGAAAAUUUAAAUGACUGUGGAUUUAACAAAAGACUUUUGGAACACUUUUGUAACCCGAAUCCAGAAAAUAUACAAAACUUUGACAGUUUGACAUGUGAGAAUCGCUUGUACAAUUGGACUUGACAUGUCUCAAAUCUUUAAUUAUAGUUUCAUAGAAACUUGACUAUAUAGAAUAAGCUGAACUACUUGUUAGUUACAUUUCUUAAAAGACUGUUAAUUUGUAGUCUUAUUAUGAACAAUAAGAUAGUUAUAGCUAGAUUUUAAAAAUUUACAUCAUGCAAGGCUGUGCUUUACAAGAAUUUUAUUAACAUGCAAUGAGUUAAGCAAAGUUAUUCAUCGAAUAAGCAAUGUGAACUUAACAAAGUUAUGUUCAAACAUAUUCAAGUGUUCAU